GGCCACUCCGAGGAGCCACAGAGAGGCGAGCUCGGCGACUGGAAGGGGGAGCGCGCGCGCGCUUAUCGAUCCGUCCACCGAAACCCGAUUCUCCUUAGCGAGGCUCCGCACGACCAGCAAAAUUUCGUCCAAAAGCAGACAAGACGAUCGCCCCGCGCUGACACGAAUUGUCGGCAGGAAGCGGCUCAUCGCCGCCGGGGCUCUGGGGGUCGUCAUGGUUCUGGUCUUGGUGAUCCUCAUUCCGGUGCUUGUCAACUCGGCGGGGACUUCGGCCCAUUACGAGAUGCUCGGCACCUGCAGAAUGGUCUGCGACCCCUACGGGACUAAGUCGCCCAGCAGCACCGCCACUGCAGAGACCAUUCGGGACCACAGCCUGAUCCAGUCGUUGCCCACCUUCAUCCAAGGACCGAAAGGAGAACCGGGCCGACCGGGGAAGGUUGGCCCUCGGGGACCCCCUGGAGAGCCGGGGCCUCCAGGUCCGGCGGGACCCCCGGGGGAAAGGGGAGAGCCCGGCCGGCCAGGAUUACCCGGUCCGCCGGGCCCAAACGUGGCCGCCGGGGCGAUCAGCGCCGCCACGUACAGCACGGUGCCCAAAAUCGCCUUCUACGCUGGGCUUAAGAAGCAGCACGAGGGAUACGAGGUGCUCCGGUUCGACGACGUGGUCACAAACCUGGGAAACCACUACGACCCCACGACCGGCAAGUUCACCUGCUCCAUCCCUGGCAUCUACUUCUUCACUUAUCACGUCCUCAUGCGAGGGGGCGACGGGACCAGCAUGUGGGCGGACCUCUGCAAGAACAACCAGGUCCGAGCCAGCGCCAUCGCACAGGAUGCUGACCAGAAUUACGACUACGCCAGCAACAGUGUGGUCCUUCACCUGGAGCCGGGAGACGAGGUCUAUAUAAAACUGGAUGGUGGGAAGGCCCAUGGAGGAAACAACAACAAAUAUAGUACAUUUUCUGGAUUUAUCAUCUACGCGGACUAAGGCAGACAUUAUUAUUAUUAUUAUUAUUUUUCUCCUUUUUUUUGCGUUCCUCACCGAGGGGUCCCGAGGUGGAAUGGAUUUCCUGACAGCCUUCUCGCCUGUAAAACCGAUACAAGAAAACGAAUGACACCGGACAAUCCAGUGAUGGAAGGCGAACAACGAGAAAGGGAGAAGAAACGAGCUGCCUCACGUUUGUAAACUCCCAAUGCGCCAUGUAAAAAUAAUAUGAAUAAAUAAAACAAAAAAUAAUAAUAAGUGAGUCUAAGGUGGGAGUUCAAACUUAUUCGGCCAGGAGAGUUACCUGUGUAUUUCAUGUCCUUGUUAGCAAAUGUAAAACUUUUUAUAAGAAAUGGUAAUAUGUGCACUGAAUAUUCUAUAAGCCUGUCAUUUGUGCCUCCGAUACGACGUCUCAUAACCCACCUGUUCAUUUCCGAUGCUUGACGUUCUCACUUGAUGUGCAGAAGAAAAUGCGUUUGUGAUGUCCAUUAAAAGAAAGUGCA